AUGUCAACGAAGAGACAAGUAUCAAACAGUGAAGAUGAAAAUGAUUUACAUUUUUUGACAACACAAAAUGAAGAUAAUUGUUCAAUUAAAUUAAAUCAAAAUGAUCAAACUCCAGGUGGUACAAAAAGAAGAAAAAAAAACGUUAGUGGUACACAUGACUCAUCAGUACAACGUUCUCUUGUUUUUAUUGGUAAAGAAAGAACACAAAAGGAAAAUUCCGUAGGUGAUAUAGAACGACAAAAUAAAUUAAAUCAACAACAAAAACAAAAUGAUGAAAUAAAUGUAAAUUAUUAUGAUCAAGAAAUUUCGUUACAUGCUCUUCAUUAUGCUGUAGAGCAACAGCUUCCACCAAUCAAAAUUAAUUGCGAGCCAAGAAUUAAUAAUCAUAGUCAAGGAGUCUUAUUAAUUAAACAAUUGUUCUUACAUAUUGAAAAAGAUUUUCGUCAAGUCAACAAGAUGUAUAAACAUUCUUUAGGAUUCGAGUACUGGUUUGUAGAUAAACAAGGAAAUUUAGUUUGUUUUACACGUGAACCUGAACUAUAUGUCUAUUUAUGUGAUAUUGAACAUUAUCCAUCAUCACUUCAUUCAAUUAAUAUUUCACCUGAAAUACCGAAACAUUUACCUCCUCAGUAUUCGGUUUUACUUAAAUCGGUAUCCAAUUCAAUAUCUUAUAAUGAUAUACUUGAUGAUAUUAAAAGUAUUUAUCCCUCAUUAUUUAAAUUGGAAGAAAUGAACGGAACUAGAAAAGAACAAUCUAGACAUAUUCGUAUGGAUUUGAAAGAUAAACAUCAAUAUGAUAAAAUAAUUAAUGAAGGUGUACUUACAUUACAUGGUCAACUUAUAGAAGUAAGUGAAUUUCUUGCACCACCUCGAUUACUGAUAUGUUCUAAGUGCAACGAUCCUGGCCACAUCCGAAAAAAUUGCAAAUUUCAGUAUGAUGCUUGUCGGCGGUGUGGCCAGGAUAGAUGGAUAGGUGAACAUAAAGAUUGUCGAAUUCAUUGUCAUCGAUGUGAAUCAAAUGAUCAUAUGGCAAAUGAUUAUAAAUGCCCGUACAUUGCUGAAUAUCGAAAAAAAUUAGUUUUAAAAUUGAAACAACAUCCUGAAUUAUUACCACCAAAUGUUCAAUUGUUUGUACCUUCAGAAUGUAGACAACGAGGUGGACAAGUAUCGAGAAUGAUAACCAACCGAUCACAUUUUGAAAAAAACUUAAUACGUGAUCAACCGUAUGUCUAUAAUUCUGAAGGGUGGAAUUCUCUUCCACAACCUAAAGGUCAAAUGCCUUAUAGACAUUUAUCUCAAACAUCUAUCACAAACAACAAUAUGAAUAACAUACAGAUGUUGGAUGAAAUAAAAAAGACUAGUAGUGAAUGUGAACGUUUAAAGAUGGAGAUGGAGAAGAAAGAUGCAGAAGUUAAAGAAAAACUUGAACAACAAAAUAAACAUUUUCAACAAAUACUCGUAGUUGCAACUCAAUUGAUUCAUCAACAAGCGAAUAUGUUGGAACAAUUUACAAAAGCUGUAAAUGAAACAUUAUCAGUUGUGCAACAAGUAAUAAAUAACAACGAUGGAUUAAAGAAUGGUGGUCAAAAAGAAGUUAUUUCUUCACUUAUUAAUACAUGUCAAUCUCUUAUUCAUAAUUUCAAUACUUCUCAUCAACAACAUAAUUUACAAAAUAUUCAAAUUCUUCCAUUAAUUAUGAAUAAUCGAAUUGAAGAAAUGUGUAUGCCUCAAAAUAUGGUGAUUCAUAAUGGUUAG